UUUUUUUUAUUCGAAAAUUGGUAAUCAAAGGUUUUGUAAACUCUUUAAUGGCACGCGCGAGCCGAACGAGGAUUUUCGAGUCGAAUUUACAGCGGCACUUUGACAGACACUAUUUUUAGUCGCCGUGCGCGUGUGAGUUUAACUUUUAAAAAUGGAAAUGAACUUUUGAAAAUGGAAAAAAUAUCGUCGUUUAAUGCUAACCGAGAUAUAUAAUGUUUGAUGUAAAAAAAAUAUAUUAUAUAUAUGCAGUAUAUAACAUAGGUGUUUGUUCGUAUUUAUAAAGUGGCGAGUCAAUCGAUGUCUGAAAAGUUAAGCGAACGCCAAUUAUUCUUUCUUAUGACUUAAAGCGCAAAUGAACGAUCAACAGGAUUUUUGCGCGAAGGAUUCUUCUUUUUUUUUCAGACAUCGUUUUCUCGCGUCAUGUUAUGUCUCAUAACAAGUUGACGUUAUUAUAAUAGGUAUCAUCGUGCACCCUUAUUACUAUUUUCGAUCUAUUUAAAUCAUGUAUCAUUGUCAAUGAAAUUCCGUUACCUCGGAGUUCGCGGAAUCCGGCCUCGAUAACGCUUUCGCGAAACUGAAGACGGAUAACGCUAAUCGCGCGUACAUAUAUAUACAUACGCAUAUGUGUAGAAUAUAUAUUUAUGUAUUAUGUACUUUGUCUGCGUAUAUAUUUCCACACACACACACAUAUAUAUAUAUAUAUAAACAAAUAUGUAAACAUCAAUACACGUAAUAGUAACGACUUGGCUUUCUUAGGAUUACAACAAUCUUCUCGAAUUUACAUGCAGAAAUUGCAAACACUGAACGAUACACCAGCGCACUUGCGAUUCGAAUUUUCAGGGACAUCCUGUAGCGCGGGUAGGCAUGAAAGUUUGAUGCCCGAAUAAAUUAUGUAGACACUCCCAUUGUUACAAGUACAUAUUAUACUAGAACAUUAACGUUUUGCAUAUUGCAACAUGAUUAAUUUUUCUGGGAAAUAUUGCGAUGCGUUUUCAUGUACGAAAACAUUCACGUGUAGAUUUAUCAUUUAACUAAAUAUAUAUAUAUAUAAUAUAUUUAUAUAUGUAAAGGACACUUAAAUACAGCUACUGCUAGGUGUUCCUUCCCAUUAAUUUUUGUUCCGUAAAAGCGACUCCCUUGAGUGCGAGGAAAGAAAAAUGUAUUUAAGAACGCGGCGUGCGACUGCGCAUUCUAAAACUGAAAACAUAUACAUUGCCUACUUUAUAGAAUAGAAGACUGUGGUUUGGCUGACAAUUAGGGCCGACUGUGAUAGAGAAUAUAAAUAAAUGACCUCCAGAAAUGAUGAUGGUCAUGAAAAAUUUUAAUUUUUUUGUAUUCUUAUUUGUAUAGAAAAAUGUGCGGAAAAAGUAUAUGGUUCCCAAGAACAGUGCCCCAUAUUGAAUGUAUUUGUUAACAGUUCCGAAGGAGAUUCAGUAUUUACAAAGAAUCUGGGAUCUGACUUCGAUGCUCAUGGCCACCAGAGCGAACCAAGGACGCGCAAAGGAAACCAACGACCAAGAGAAAACAUGAUCGUAACACGAUACGAGUAAAGAUUCCGCUACUGGCACGAGUUCCUUGAAAAGAGCCGCCUCGGGUACUUCCCCUCCAUGUUUGGUUUUAAUAAAAGUCUAGAGAUAGAUUCGAGAGACGUAUCCGGCGAUGCAGAUAUGAAACUGUCGGAACGUAAAAUUUAUAACGACUUGCGGUACGGUAUUGUUGACGUUCAAAAAAUGUGGCGCAUGGCGUGAAAAUAAAUAAGUAAUGACGCCCCACUCUUCGCGUCUACGAACUCACGUGCGGAUAUUUUGAGCGUCAUUAAGAAAGUCGACGGCUACGUCAUUACAAUAUAUCACAUGUAUGAUAUACGUUCCCACGCGACUAAGCAAAGCGCGUUGUUAUUGCCCGGACUCUAUCAGUAUCUUUGAUUUCCAGUUUGAACCGGUCUUCUUGACUCACCAAUACACCUUUGUUACUCGAGGUUACUCCACCUUCGUAAGUAUUUCGAAACCUUUCACCUUAAGCUGCGUUCACAACGCACGAUACCCUGCUAAGGAAGCGAGCACUUAUCGAUACUUGGCAUAACUUGCGAAGAAUAUCACUAGAAUUUCGAUUUGAUGAUUGUACGUACAAUGCGAGAGCAAGAUGAGAUCAGCGCGGUGUUAUUUUUUUAUUUCCAUCAACUCCGCGUCCCUUGCAACGAGGGCAUAGAAAUUACAUUGACCAUAUGAUUUGUACACCAGCAGCAUACAAUUGACACCAAUUACCGAUGAUAACGCACGUAAUAUGCAUAACUGAAGAACGGGAGGACUGUGCGCCACUUGAAAACGAUUAGCGAUACUCACAAUUAAUGUAUAUCUUCGAUACGAAACAGCAUAUGUGUCGAAUGAUAAACAAUUAAUAAGUGGAUCAUUAUAAAUAUCUAAUUCAUCGUUAUUGUCCUUCACCAUCGAUAUACCUUUAUAACAUAGGGAACUUAGAGCGAAGAGGUUGGUAUUGUGCCGGACUGUGAAACCACAAUUUCAUACAAUGGAUACGACGGCCGCCAUACAGUAAUUUUCCGCUGUAGUCUCUGAGUAACCUGUCGUUACGAAAAAGGAAAGGUAAGUAAGUGAAUACGAUUGGGCAGGAGUGGCGCAGGCACGAGUCUCAACAUACUUCAAGCGUCUUGCGAGUUGUACGCACGUGCGAAGUCGGCUGACGGUAGGAAAGAAUUUUUAGACACUCUUACGUGAGAUACAGGACGUGUCAAAAGUACCAGCAGUUUCUUCUUUCGUUUUCUUUUUCAAUGCUGAUUCGUUAUUGUUUAAGGACCAAUCAAACUAUUAAGGAAAUAUAAAUUGUCCUACAGGAAUUAUCCUGACAAAUUACAUCCUUCAUCGUGAUCGUUGAAGAUAAUCAACUAGAGCUUUAAUAACACGUGUUGUUUGGUUAUGUUUCAAAUGGUAUUGUACGAAUAGUUAUGGGCUAUAACCAGUGCACGACGUAAAAGUUUAGGACCGCGCCUCUUUUCUUGUGGCAGUGAUCCAAGUAAAGGAAUUUAAAAAUAUUGAGAAUGACGACUAUCGACGUUAAUAUAGUAUUCUUAAAAAAGGAUCGAAUAUUUAGUCACAUGAUUUUAUGCACGCGACUCUGUUACGUUUACGUCUUGUAACUAUGUUCUUCAUAUCUAAAUAUUGGAAUUUUUAUCGAUUUUUAUAUAGAAAUAUGAUAAAAUAUCGUUAUGAGUUAAUAGGAUCAGCACUCAUCUUCCCUACUUCAGAUGCAGAUAUUUAAUGCAUACUUCGAGAUCUUUGUUAAGUAUGCUUAUUAUUUAUCAGUAGAAGACUGAUUUUUGUUUGAUAUAAUAGCGGUUUCGUCUGCAUUUCAUAGUUAAUCUAUAAAAAAGAAUAUUGUAUUGUAUUAUGGGUACUAUAUGUAAUAACUGAUUUUACACAGUUAUUGUAUUUUUAGUUAUAAGAUUCACACUUCUAUUCUUAUAUCUGGAAUAUAUGUAAUCGGGAAAGAGUAGUUGUAGAUGACUAUAACUCUCGAUGGUGUCAAGGAAUUACGUAAAUUUAAUGUUGGCUUAUGACUUUUUUCUUGCAUUCCUCUGGACGUUCUGGACGGUUGUGAAUUAUCUUAAGGAAUAAUGAGUACUCAAUACUGGCACAAUAUACAUAAUUCUUAUCCGUUGGUUUUAUGGUUAUUAUUGGAAAAAUUUUUGUCAUUGUUGAAUAGAUUUUUUUAAUUCUAGAGUUUUUUCUUUAAAAAAUACUUGCAUUCUAUAUUACCGAAUGAUUUUCACAACGGUUUUAUUAUUUGUAAAGCGUAUUUGACUAAAAUUGUGGACUUAUAUGAGUUAACUCAGUAUCGUUUUUUUUUAUUUUCUUUUAAGCUGUUAAUACCCUUAUAACGCUUAGGUUGAUUUUUUAAUAAGAGAGAAUUCUGUCUAACCUAUAAAGACGAUUCUUAUCGAUUCUAUAUGGAUACCUACAUUUAUAUUUAUCUUAUGUUGAAUUGUAAUAUCCUUUUCUUAUCGUAUCUAAUCACAGUAACACCAUCUUGUAGAUUUUCAUGCAAAACCAAAAGUUAUUAUAUUCUGAUAAAGUAGGAACUAGUUCUAAUACCGACCGGUUCAGGAUACUCGACCAAUCGAAAAGCCGUAGAUGUGGUCGCAGAUAAUACACUGGUAUAAGAGCAUGCAACAAUGGACAGGUACGGUGUAUACCCAACGGGAUCCUCAUAAACGCAACAUGAUAGCCAUCAGGUGUGCAACUAUGCGUUUAAUUUGGAUUUGCAACGAAAUGGAUACUCUCGCCAAUAUGCAGCCCUGUUUCUUCCUAUAUAUGGUAGGGCACUACCCUCAAAAUGCUUCAGUUACACGUUGAAAAUGAGUGAGGUACAGAGGCAAAACAGAGUCUCCAGUGAUUUCAGUAUAGCUAGAAUUCUAGCAAAACCUAUUCAGAAUUAUUCAAGGAAUGAUCGAAUAACGAUUCACGAAUAUAACUUACCAGUUGUUCCUGCCGAAGAAACGUUCGGGAAUACCAAUUGUGAUUCUUACAGUACCGUGAAUUCGCAUGCGAUACGAGAACGUAUUUCUCCAGUCAUCGCUGGCGCUUCUUGCACCCUGUGCAACAAUAAAAUACAGAAUAUUUCGUCCAGUGUUGAUAUAUAUAAUUCAGGAGUUCAUUUAAAUUCGGCGAUCGGUUGCUCUAAGGCUACUGGUGGAAUUCUGUGCAAGAAAAUAAAAGGAGAGGAUGAGAAAGAGAUAACACGAAUACUGCGUUACGGUGAAGAGAAUCAAGAUACUGUAGGAGCUGCUGAUGUUGCUAAAGACAAUAAAAAUACCUCGUUGAUCGAUACGUGGAAAGACAGUGCUCCGGUUAUCACUGAUAAUAAUGAACUAUCGUGGCUUCAGUGCACACGGUACCGACCACCUCGUUUGCCAAGAAAAUCAUCUGCGGGAAAAGCUACUAAGAGACGACCUGGUACGCAUCCACGAAUUCCAUUCACUACGCUUCAGCUUCAAGUCUUGGAAGACAAGUAUAAGAGAGGAGCAUAUCUUUCCAGAAGAGACGUUCUUCAAUUGUCAACAACUUUGCGACUACCUCAGAGCAGGGUUAAAAUCUGGUUUCAAAAUCGGCGUGCUAGAGAGAGACGAGAAACACGACAGUUACGCAACAGUACGUUAUCGGAUAUAGUUAAUAAUUCUGAAGAACAAGUAUAAAUUGUAUAUAAUGAAUAAUGAUGUAGUGAAAAACUUUGCGCAAUGUACACUCAAACGUUAAGUAUACGUGUUUCGGUGAUUGAAGUGAAAUAUUUUGAAAAAAAUUAAAAGCAACGAAAAUUA